GGUGCUUCGUCGCGACUUUAGUCAACGAGUGUUAAAAGAUAAUUGCUAGGCGUGACAUGCAUUCGUGCGUUCCCUAACAACCACUGCGUCGGCAAACCUUAUCUCCGUGUUUAAAAGUGCAUAAAGAGAGCGUUUUCCAGUUCAACAAAAAACAACGACCAACUCCCGAAGAACAUGAUCCUGCGAGUUGCCCUCCUACCGACCGUCCUGCUCGGCCUGGUGAACGUGUCCAUUGCGCAAAGAAGUGACUGCUGCGAGUCGUAUUGCUACAACGAUGAUCACGAUCGCACACAAGUGCAACACUUUGCCACCAAAACGGCCUACGAAGUCAUUCGUAUUCCCGAUACGGACAAACAGCACAUUGUGCCCAAUUGUCGCCCGGUAAAACUUUGGUCAUUAAAUCGUCACGGUACGCGGCUGCCAUCGAAAGGUGAUAUUCAAAAGCUGCCCAGGUUACUCAAAAUGCUGCAGGAUGCCAUUAUGGAGAACUACUUCGGUCGACGCACAUUGCCGGACAACGGGCGAAUGUGUGAGGAGGACCUAGAGCUUCUCCGAGGCUGGAACUGGAAUCCGAACAUAACCGAGCAGUACGAGUCGGUGCUGACGACGGCCGGCUGGGAAGAAGUAAAGUAUUUCGCUCUUCGGACGAAGAACAGAUAUUGGGACAUUAUUGGCCCAACUUAUGAGCCAAAGAAGUACCUCUUCCGUCACACCAACGCUCAGCGUACGGAAGCGAGCUUUAAAGCGUUCGUUGAAGGGUUGUUCGGUACCGAGGAAGCGAAACGUGUCAAACCGGUGCCAGCUUCUGAUCCCGAUCGAUUGCUAAAACCGUAUGAUUACUGUCCCGAUUACGCCAACAAUAAGGCCCGCGACGAACGGGAUGAAAACGCCGAGGCAAACAAAUUCACUCGAACACCGCUUUUCAUCAGCACUGUUUGGGACAUUUCGCAACGGUUAGGCUUCCGGCACAACCUGAGCGUUGAACAGAUAGACGCCAUGUGGAGUAUGUGUCGGUUCGAGCAAGCCUGGCACCUAUCGAUGACCAGUCCGUUCUGUUCGGCGUUCACCAAGGAUCAGGUCCGUGUGCUCGAGUAUAAAGAGGAUUUGCAGUACUACUACAGCAACAGCUACGGAUACCAGCACAGCCAGAACCUAGCCUGCCACGCCGUAGCAGAUAUGUUGAAGCAUCUCGGCACAACGGAGGAACCGUUAAUGGUUUCGUACUUUACGCACGAUUCCGAGCUGCAACUUUUCCUUGCGGCGCUAGGGGCAAAACGGGAUCAUGUUCCGCUGCGAGCUGACAACUUUGCGACGAUGCGAAACCGUCAGUACACUUCCAGCAAUAUUCCUUUCGCGGCCAACAUAGUUGCCGUCAAGUAUCAAUGCACGGAACCGCAAGAACCGGUGAAGGUAAUCUUCUUCCUCAACGAAAGGCCAAUCAUGCUGGAUUGGUGCCGAGUUGGGCUUUGCAACUGGUCCGAUGUGAAGCGCCAGUACCAAAGAUUCAGCGAGGGUAACUGUGACCAAAUGUUCUGCUUCGGAAGUGGAGCAUCGGAAAUGAGGCUUUCUUUUACCAUCUUCCUACUGGGAGCCACCACUUUGGUGGCGUGGACCAGACUUAGUAUUUUUUAACGCUAGUACCGAUACCGAAUUGUGCUUUUCGAGAUCUUACACAAUAAAAC